AGUUUGAGAAACCGCUGCCGAUGACAACGACGCUCCGAGACGCCGCGCACUCGAUGCUCGCCAACAAGCGCAAGCGGCUGCUGCUCAUGGCACUCAUCACACUCUUGGCCGUGUGCAUCGUCGUCGCUGCGAUCGUCGGCAGCGUGUCGUCGUCGUCGUCAGCGCCGGCGACCAGCACCGUCGCAGCCGACACCGCCGGCGGCGUCGCGCCUACGUACACGGCGCGGCCAGUAGCAUCGCCGACUCCGGCAGAGACGACAGCGAUAACGACGACGAAUGACAACAGCGCAACGGAUGAAGAACCCGCUGCGGGUUCGGCGAGCGUCGGUAGUGGCUCGGCGAGCGCCGGUAGCGGCUCGGCCGCUGUUGCGGCGACGACGUCGGCACCGACGACGACAUUGGCACCAACGACGGCGCCGCCGCAACCCCGCGUCUGCAGUGCGAGCGACGCGACAACCGCUUGCUACGUGCCUCCAGCGAGCACGGCCUACUGUCGUCUCGACACGGGCCUCGACGCCCGAUUGCAUUACGUCAACUGCCCCGCGGCCUCGAACGCCAACGCGGGCUUUGCCAUGGACGAAGCCUGCGGUAGCGGUAUGCGCUGCCCAUAUGCAUGCGCGCUGCCGUUCCUUCCGUCGUCCAACGGCUGGUCGUCGUCCGACUGCCUUCCGUUCACGUCGCUCUGCCCGCCGAGCUCGCCGGCGACCGCGCGCGGUGGUCUCUUCUGUGCCAACGGCACCGUGGUCGUCGACGCGCCGUCGCAGCCACUGUGCGUCUCGGGCCUCAACACGUCAUUCGUCAAGAGCUACGUGCCACAGUCGAUUGCGACGUGCAAGGUCAUAGCGCCCGGCAACGGCGCACCGAUGGUUGGCGUCGACACGGCGCCGGGCCAUGUAUCGCAGCUUGCGUCGCACCCGCAGUGGUUUUGGCGCGGCGAGCCGGCCAAGUACUACACGUUGCUACCCGGCGUCGCCAGCAGUGUCGGGUGCCAGCGCAACUACGACCGCUUCAGUUUGAACGCGGCGGGGAUCGAUGCGAUGCCGUAUACGCUCGGCGGUGGGAGCCUUCCCGGGUCGCCCUGCGCCGAGUGCGCGCAGCAUACGCUCAGCUUUGGUGAGCACUUUGACUCGACCAAGCCGUACUCGGCGUUUCCUGGCUACGGCGUCCGCGUCCGCAACUGCAACGACGCCGGCUGCGGUGACGUCCAGUGCGACGCCACGUACGCGCUCAACGCCGCGACGGGGCUCCUCGAAGCCUACUGGGUCAAGUACAAUGCCGUGUUUGGUCCGACGUCGGUCGGCUGCAUUGCGACGACGGUCGUCGGCUACGGCUGGGCGCCCACGGACGGUACGGCCAAGUACACGCUCUACGAGUACUACCCUGUGACGAUCACGGGCCAGCAAGACGUGGCGUGCACGAAUUGCUCGCUGCCGUCGACUUUUGUGCCGUCGGCCUGCAGGGGCCUCCGAGCCAACACCCCACCCCGCUUCGGGACCGGGUACAACCCAGCCGUCUACAUCUGCACACCGGUGGGCGCGGCGAUUGCACUUCAAAACACCAUUUCGUUCUUGAGCGUCAAGCCCACCUUGUCGGACGAGCAGGUCUCGGCCAUCGUCAUCAUCGAGAUCACGGCCGCCACGGUCCUCGGCCUCAUCGUGGUGGGGCUCGUGGCGCGGGCGCGCUACCUGCAGCUCCACGGCGCCAAGUCACCAGCGGUGCCAAACGCCGACCAUCCAUGCCCGACGAUGGGCGACGACGACACACCCGUGCUGCAGACGCCCGACCGCCGGGGCAGCGCCGUCGCCACGCAGUUCCACGCGCGCGCGAGCAUGACAAGCAAUGCACCGGGCUUUGCUCUGGAGUAGCCCAACAUG